GACCAUGGCUGGAGACCCUGGCUCGUCGUGAUCGGGUGUUUUUGCCUGAUUGUUCCCUCCUACGGGCUACUCAGCAGCAUCGGGCUCUUUCAGACCGAAUGGGAGCAACAUCAGCUUCGCGGAUACUCAAAGAGCGACAUUUCAUGGAUCAUCUCUGUCUUUGGUUUUCUCGACUGUUUCUUUGCCGCACCAUGCGGGAUCCUCUUCGAUCGCUUUGGGCCGCGUUCACUCUUACUGGUAGGCAGUACGAUCUACGUUGCUUCCUUCAUUGGCUUGGCUUUCUCAACCACUUAUGGUCAGUUCAUG